UGCAAUAUUGUUUUGAAUUCUUAAUGGACCUUACAAGAGCAUUUUACGAUUUUUGUAUUCCUCUUCAAAAUGAUAAAAUUAAAUUAAUAUCAAUUUUAAAAGAGGCAUUAAAAUUAGGAUACAGAACGGUUGCAAUAGAAGAAAUUUAUGAUCAUAGCCAGAAAGAAAAUAAAAAAUCUAGCGACAUAUUUCCAUCACCGGUAGAAUUAGAUUUUCUGGAAGAGUUUAAUGGCAGACUAAGAAUUUUAAGACGUUUAACAAUAAUAUAUUCCGAUGUUAAUAUCUCACAUCCAAUGAGUAAUUCAUUAAAUCUUAAAAAAUAUGAUCUAAUAGCAGGAUUACCAAAAAAUGACAACGCCUUAAAUCAUUGUUACACAAGUUUUGCUGGUGACUUAAUAUGUUUUAAUCCAGAUGCAUCAAAUUUAUUUAUUCAAAGAAAACCUUAUCAAGUAGCUGUUGCACGUGGAAUGUUUAUUGAAAUUAAGUAUUCGGAUGCAAUUCAAAAUUCGACAUAUAGAAAAGAUAUAAUUAAAAUUGCUCAUAAUUAUCAUGUUAAAGGGAAAUCAAAAAAUAUAAUUAUAUCUAGUGGUGCAAAAAGUGUUUUUGAAUUGCGAGGUCCUUAUGAUAUCGCUAACUUAGCUUUAAUCUUUGGUUUAUCAGAAGAACAAGGUAAAAGUUCUAUAUCAAGUUUGUGUAGGAUGUUAUUUUUGAAAGCUGAAGGAAGAAGAUUAGGCAAAACCAACACCAUAGCUAAACUUAAAGAUAUUGAAGAAAAUGAUAGUAGUGAAAAUGAAGAUAUGGAAAUGGAUAACAUAUUUGAAGCUGAUUUUAGUGAACAACCAUUUAAAAAGAAAAAAAUAAGUUGAUUUUUUAAAAAAAAAAAGAAAAUCCAUAAUAAAAAUUAAAUAAAUGAAAUAUAAAUUUUAUUUUUAAAAAUACAA